AUGGCCCGGCUAUCCUCAGCAAAUGCGCCCGAUCCAACAGCAGUGAACCUCACUCGUCUGCUCUCCCGACUACAUAAAACCCUCGUAACGCCAGAUGCUGAGACGGAACGCAGGCUACAGACAAGCUUAGAGAGGGACAAAGUUGGUACUAAUCUAGAUUAUGCCCGGGCUUUACUUGUGCGGCUCGAGCAAGAUGCUCAAAAGAUCAAAGUGCAGUCGCGGAAGCAAGAAACCCAGGCGGAUUUGGUACAGAAGCGAGAAUUGAUACUACGGCUCAGUGAACGGUUGCAAGAGAUGAGAGAGCUCGGCGAGUUUGAUUCGAGAGACGAUUCCUCCUCUGAAGGCGAGGACCUACUGGGCGAAGACACCCCCUCUGAAGAAACCGACUCUCACGCCGACGUCCCAUCCGCCACACCAUCUCCCACAGAACCGAUAUCUCCUGCCUUGGCCCCUCAAUCACAAACAAAAAUACAAGCGCCGGCCCCAGAGCAUACAACCAACCCUGAACCAAGACCAAAACCACUACCGGAACCAGAACCCCCUUCUGUCCUCCGCGCCCGCCACAAAGACCUCCGUGCCGAGCUACUUUCCCCCUCUUCGUACAGCACCGGCAACUCAAACCCAGACUCCUUAUCGACCGCCACCACCGAAGCCCUUCUCAGCCACCAACGCGCCGAACAGGAAGCCAUCACCGCCUCCCUCCUCUCCCUUGCCACGAAAAUGAAAGAAUCCACGCGGUCCUUCGCCAUCUCUCUCGAAGAGGAGAAACCCGUGCUAGAAAACGCGACGAAAGGGCUGGAAAAGAAUGAGCUAGGACUAGAGGCCGCGCAGAGGCGGAUGGGGUAUCUGAGGACGAUGACCGAGGGGAAGGGGUGGUGGGGGAGGAUGUUGAUGUAUGCAUGGAUCGCGGGGCUAGGGGUAGUGGCGAUUCUAUUGGUGUUUGCUAUGCCGAAGCUGCGAUUUUAA